CCGCACGGAGCGUCGCGUUGGCGGACGGACGCGGAGCCGGACGGGGCACUAUGAACGAAGAGGAGCAGUUUGUAAACAUUGACUUGAAUGAUGACAAUAUUUGCAGUGUUUGUAAACUGGGAACAGACAAAGAAACGCUCUCCUUCUGCCACGUAUGUUUUGAGCUAAAUAUUGAAGGCGUACCAAAAUCUAAUCUCUUACACACUAGAUCAUUACGAGGCCAUAAAGACUGUUUUGAAAAAUACCAUUUGAUCGCAAACCAAGAUUGUCCUCGAUCUAAGCUCUCAAAAAGUACUUAUGAAGAAGUUAAAACCAUUUUCAGUAAAAAAAUAAACUGGAUUGUACAGUAUGCACAAAAUAAAGAUCUAGAUGCAGAUUCAGAAUGCUCUAAAAAUCCCCAGCAUCGCCUGUUUAACUUCAGACAUAAAUCAGAUAAAAAGUUACUUCCACAGUUUGACUCACAAGUACCAAAAUAUUCUGCAAAAUGGAUACAUGGAACUACAGGUGGCCUUUCAAACUGUACACAAAGAAUUUUGGAGCAGAGGGAAAAUACUGACUUUGGACUUUCAAGGUUGCAAGAUUCAGGUACCAAUUUAUGCCAUAAGAGUAUAUUGUGGCCUCAUCAUCAUAACCAGUCACAGAAAAAAGAAGAGGCCAUCUCUGAUGCAGAACCGAGUGUCCAGACGCAGCAUCCCCAUUACAGCAGAGAAGAAUUGGAUUCGAUGAGUCUUGGUGAGGUACAGAAGCUGAAUGCAGUGCUACAGCAACAAAUCCAAGAAGUUUUUGAAGAGUUAACGCACCAAGUGCAGGAGAAAGAUUCUCUGGCCUCAGAGCUGCAUGUCCGCCACAUCGCCAUUGAGCAGCUCCUCAAGAACUGCUCUAAGUUACCGUGCCUGCAAGUGGGGCGCGCGGGUGGGAAGCCACACAUGCCCAUAAGCAACUGAGUCCCACCGACGCUCCGUCUGCUGGGCAUGUAAAGUUUGAAGAAAGUUACAGUUUAUUCUUUUAUAGUUGUUACUUUUGCAAUGCUUAAGGUGGUAUUUAACAUCUUUAUCAAAUAAAGCAGAUCACUGUACGCUAA